AUGUCGUUUAUUGUGAAAAGUAAACGAAAAAAACCAACAUUACUAUUUGAUACUUUUCGUUACAUACAAGAUAAAGCUGUAAAGACUACUAUUUAUUGGAAAUGUGAACACUGUUCAUGUCCUGGACGUUUUAAACAAUAUGGAUCAAACCUACCACUCGUGAAAAACAUACAUAAUCAUAAUGGUGAUGAAUACAGAUGCCAAGUUGAAGAAUUUAAAGCAAGUUUAAAAAGACGUAUUGAACAUUCUUCACGAGCAGUAAAAAGAAUUUAUAGAGAAGGAUUAAUAUCUUUAGAGACAACUUCACCACAAGUUACACCAUUUACACCAAGUUAUCCAGCUGCACCACAAACAAUUAAUAAUGUUAAAAUAGAAGGAAUAUGGCGAAAAACUUUAAACAGUGAUCCAUUUGUUCUUUUAGAUGAAAAACAUCCUAUAUUCGGUACAACAGAAUCUCCACAGCAACCUUCAGCUUACCAAAAGGUUCAACGUAUAUUCGUUAUUGCAUGGUAUUUUAAAUUGAUGUCAUAUGAAUAA